AUGGAUGAAGAUGAGAGACAAAGGAAACUGGAUGUAGGAAGAGCAAAGAAAUCCUCCAACAUUCCAAAAAGUCAGUUGCUUGCUAGCUUCCGACAGAAGCGGGCGAAAUGUGACAGUGCGGGGGCGACGAAAAAGACGCAGAAGAGGAAGGGCAAGGAUGUCUCGCAGAAUGACUGCUCAGCGCAAGAUUGCCACCUAGAACCAGUCCUCCUAUCAGUCAGCGAUGCACAGCAGAACAGCAGGACCGUUUAUGAGGACCUGCAAAAGCCGAGGAAGUCAGUGGUUCAGCAGAACCAAGGGCAGAAGGCUGUUUCCCCACUCAAGGAACAAAGCCCCUCCCUUGUGGAGGAGUUGAAAGAGGAAGACCUAAUUGCACUCACUGGCCAAGAACAGCUGAAGCAAUUGCAGCAGGCUGUGGAGAAGCGGAAUGAGAUCAUUGGCAGGCUGAGUUCUAACCUGCAGGAGGCCCAGGCCAGUAGAGACCAGGUCCAACUGGAGGCACAGUCACUGGCUAGACAAAUACAGGCCUUACAGAAACAGCUCCAGCAGACAAGUGUAGAGUUCAUGCGUAUCAAAGGUCAGGCAGGUGCUGAGAUCCCUCAUAUUCAACAACUGCAGCCUCAGCCUGGCCCCCAAGAAACAGUCCUCAACCAUAUGGAGGUUCCAUCACGAGAACCAGGGAGUGCAGGUCUUGGCCCCUGGUCAUCAGGACUGGACAGCUCCAACAUUGACGGAAACACUAAGGCAAAUGCUCUCCUAUGCAGCCUGAGGACUGAGCUGAAGGAGGAGAAGGAGAGAAACCAGCAACUGUGUGCAGAGCUAGCAGAGGAGAGGGAGAGCCAACAAUGCCUGCUGUCAUUACUGGAGGAGGAGAAGAGAGGCCGGGAAGAGGAGAGGAAUGAUCGGGAGGCACAGCUACAGGACCUUAAGACACAGCUUAGCCAAGCCCAAUCCCAGUGCUUUGAGAUACAGCAGCACAAGGAGGAGAAAGAGUUGUUAAACAGAGAGGUACAGGAACUAAGGAGGAGGCUACUGGAAGAGGAGGAGGAAGAGAGGAGGUUGAGAGAAGAGGUUGCAAACUCUGCUCUGCGUCUCCAGAGCUUCGAAGAGGAGAGGGAGAAAUGGGAGGAGGAGGUGAGGAGGCUCAAAGAGGUCCAAAUAGAGUUGAUGGUGAUGGAUCCCUCUCCCUUAAAGGAAGGGGAUACUGGACUUGGGGUUGUGGAGAAGGGAGAUGUGGGGCUUAAAGCCUCCAAGAAUAAACAGAACCAAGCACGAGCUAAUUGUGGUUGCGAGGAGGGGACCAGUAUAGGUGAGGCUGAUCUGGAAGGGGAACUUGUUGAGGAUGGUCUGAAUGGAUCCAUGUCUGGGGGCGCAGACAUCCUGAUGGAACGCUACCUGACCUCAGCCCUCCCAGCACACUCGUCUCUCUCACUGGCUAAUGAAAGCUUGGAAGAGCACAGCCUACUGGACAUGUCUGCAAAUUGCAGUUUUGAGUUAAACAGUGAAGUCCUGUUCGACCAGUCCCUUGUCUCCAUCUCACAAAAUCUCUAUGAAGGGCACAAUGGCCUCCACAGCCUCUCAGACCCACAAUACUCAGUGGACUCUCCUGGCCUCCCACUGGCUGAUAACUCCAACCCUCAGUUCCCGUUGCAGUGCCUCAACAACUCCGGCUGUAGCAGCCAGGACAUGAGUAAGAUGUCGGAGCAGCACUGUGAGGUGCUGGGCCUUGAGAAGGAGCUCCUGAGUCAGCAGUGCAUUGAGCUCCAAGAGGAGCUGGCUGUCAGGGAGAGGGAGUCUGAUUUGCUGAGGGAGGAGGUCACCAAGAGCGCCGAGGAUUUGGAGGUGGCCAGGGACAGGUGGGCCCAGGUAUCGGAGGAGCUCAGGGAGGCUCUCUGGCAGCUUGAGGAGGAAAAGGAAAAGAGGAGGGUACAAGAGGAGGAACUUGAAGGUGAAAGGGAAAGGAGGAAAAACGCAGAGGAAGAGGUCAACUUAAACAUCCACGAACAAGACAACCUCAAGAACAAACUCAGUGCCUUGUUGGAGCAGAAGAACAAAGAGAAGGAGGAGGCCGAGAACUCCUCACCUCUCUCCUCUACCCCUCCAUCAGUUCAGUCAGAGAAAUUGUUAGCAGGGCUGAGGGAGGCACAGGAGGAGAAGGCUACGCUGCUGUUUCAGCUGAAGGAGCAGGAGUUGCUUGUGUCCUCCCUGCAGGAGAAGAAGCAGGCUGGGGACUGUGUCACCGCUGAGGACCACACUGUCUUUGAGAAACAGCUACAAGCUCUGCAGGCCAAUUGUGAUAAGGUCAUAUUUGAGCUAGAGGAGACCAAGAACAGGCAGCAAACCACAGCAGCCCUCCUGGAUCAAAGUACUAUGGAGCUGGAUGCAGCCUUGAAGGAACUCAAUAAUACCCACAAGCAGGUGGAGACCAUCCAAAAGGAGGUGGAGAGACUAGGGGGAGAGCUACACAGGACGGAGAGAGAGAAGAGUGAUCUAGAGUCUCAGCUCGUCGAUCUGAAACAAAACCUUAUCAACCUGGAGGAGGCCCAAGCCCAGGGAGCAAGGGAGAAGGAAGAGCACUGGAAGAAGGAGGAAGCAAUGGACGAACAAAUCAAGAAAAUGGAACAAUUACUAGAGGAGGAGCUAGAGCAGUUUGAAAACCUGCUUAAGGCCAAGGAGGAUGAGCUGGCUGAGGAGAGGGAGAAAUGGGAAGAGGAGCAUCAAGAGAAAAGGGAAGAGCUAAUUGGUGUGACACAACUCCUUGAAGAGCAGAGAAGGGAGAAGGAGGAGGUGAAAGCUCUCCUAGAGAAGCAGGUUACAGCUUUUGAAGAGGCCACUGAGAGGCUGAGGAAAACUCACCAAGAGGAGGUGGCAAAGCUGAUGGAGAAACAUGAAGAGGAGGUUUCUGAGCUGAACAGCUGCCUGGAGACAGAGUUGUCAAAGCAGAAAGCCUUUCUUGAAGAAAAACAGAAGAGACAGAUCAGCCUUAUCAAACAGGUGACUGAGCGAGAGUACCAGAGGAUGGUAUCAGAGCUGUGUGCCAAACAGAGGGAAGAGCUGAGUGAGCUGACAACAGAACUGUCCUCUGAACUGAAGGAGAACACGGUGGCUGGCCAUCAGGCUGAGCUACAACAGGCACAGGUAUAUAAACGUUUCUUUUUGCCCAUGUGUCGGUCAGGGGUACAGACAGGAGUAUUAAUCUAUGUACGUAUGUCCCAGCUUGAGUUCACAGAUCCCAACCUGCAGCAGGACGCUGCUCUGAGCGAGGUCCAGGCCUUUAGGGAGAAUGGGGCUCAGGAGAGUGCCAUCUUGCAGUCCCACCAGCAGUUUGAACUGGACCAGUUCAGAGAGCAAAGCUACAAGGAGCAGGAGAGGCUUUGUGAACUGCACCAGCAGGCUAUGGAGGAACUGAAGCAUCAGUGGGAGACUCGUCUCUCUCAGGAAAGAGCUUCCAUGGAAGAGAAACAGAUACAGGCUUUGAGAUUGGACUGGGAGAAGGAGGCGGAGAGUUCCCAGGCACAUCUCCAGAUGUCCCUCUCAGAGACCCAGGGAAGUCUCACGGACACCCAAGCAGAACUCUCAAACACGCAGGCCUCCCUCUCCAAAACCCAGACAGCUCUGACUGACUCCCAGGCAGCCCUCGCCCAGACCCAGGCAGACCUAUAUGAGUUGCGGGCCCACCUGAAAGAACUUAAAGCUUCCAGUGAGAGGGAUAUCCAGAGGCUAGAGGAGGAGCUACACCAAGCCUGGGCUGACAGAGAUGCAGCUGCCCGUGCUGCAGAGGAGCUAGUUUCCAGUCAUAAAGCUGUGCUGCUUGAGAAAGAGCAACAUGCAUGCCACCUACAGGAGAAGGACCAGCAACUGCAGCAAGAGGUGUUGCGCCUACAGGAGGAGCAGGCUGUGCUGAAACGGAGCUCAGAGCAGGAAGUUGCUCAUCUCUGGGCCCAGCUGGAGAGCAUGAGAGCUAGCCGACAAGAACUGGGAGAGUUGAAGGAACAGCUGCUGGCUCGCUCGUCUCGUGUUGAUGACAUCGAGCGCCUGAAGGCAGAGUUUAGUGAACAAAGAAGAGAGAUCAGGGAGCAGAAUGAGGCAGAGCUGGAGAGCCUGAGGAGAUACUUUGAGCAGCGGUUGCGGACAGCGGAAGAAGGCCACAGGGAGGAAAUUGCCCUGCUGCAGCUGAGGCUAGUGGAGGGUGCCUUGGAGGAGUCUGUGCUUAAGACGGGGGAAGUUAGUUUCAUGUCUGAAGGCAAAGACGAAGAGAAAAAUGACGAGGAGCUGGACACUUUGCGUUGGCAACUGGAGGAGAGACAUGAGCUAGAGCUGUCCAAUCUUCGCUCCUCUAUGACUCUGUCCUAUAAGGAAGAGCUCCUCCAGGCGCGUUCUGACCUCACAGACCGUUACUACGAAGACCUGCAGGAGCUGAAGACUCGACAUGCCCUGGAGCUGGAGCAGCUCAGAGCCAGACUGUCUGACAGUCAUGUACAAGAUCUGACACGGAUUCGACUUGAAGCAGCCAGACAGGUUGAGGUGGAAGUUGAGCAGAGGAUUUGGUGUCACAGUGAAGAACUGCGAACUAGAAUGACCAUCAUCCAGACCUUGGAGAACAGACUAUCUGCUCUUAGUAAACAACAUGAGGCUGAGCUUCAGAGGAACACACAACAGUUGAAAUGGGAGUUUGCUGAGGACCUGCGUGUUGGCCUGGAGGAGGCUCAGAAACAAGAGCGCGAGAGUGUAACAGAGGAGCUGACUCUGAGGAGCCAGGCCGAGGCUCAGAGGCUGAGAGAGGAGUGCCAAGAGGAGCAGGAAGCCCACCUCUCUGCCCUGGAGGAAGACUUUGAGAGAAGAUUGGAAGAGGAAAGGACUGACCUGAAAAGAGCUCUCCAAGAGGAGAUGGAUUAUUUCAUGUCCCUCCAGGCUUAUCUUGACAUUGAUCAGACACCUCAGUUCCUAGCAGUUGCACCGGAAAACCAAAUUGAACUUGAGAUGAAGAGGGCCACACGCCAUAGGGCUGCUAUUCUCCUCCGGCAGCAGGGCAAGGCACGGCUUUACCAAGCCCAGGAUAGGUUCCAAAAAGAGAACGCCCAGUUGGAGCAGCGUUUGGCCCAGAAGGAUGAAUUCACUCUGGGGGAGCUGAGGGAAAAACACCAGGCGGAGCUGCAAUGCCAGAGAGCAACAUUACUGAAAAAACACUCACAAGAGAUAGACACACUCUGUGCCAAAAACAAAGCACAACUAGAUUCACUCAGUGCCAAUCACAGAGAAAAACUCACUGCUAUGGCAGCUGAGCUAGACUCCAAGCACAAGGCUGUGCUUGUUGCCUUGGAAGCAACCCUUGAUUCCAAGUGGAAGGCAGAGCUUGAUAGUCGGGAGGCAGUCCUUCGUGAGACCAGUCAGGCGCAACUUGAGGCCCUAGAGGCAGAGCUGGUCAGUAAGCACCAGGAAGAGAGGGAUGAGCUAGAGAGGAGGAUGCUGGGUAAUAUGGACACUUUGGAGGCCACCUAUCUGAAGGAGGUUCAAACUUUGCGUGAUGAAAUGGUACAGCUUGAAGAGAGGCAUCAUCAAGAGGUGAAUCACCAGAAGGUAGAGCAUAGACAUGAAAUGGAGCAUCAAAGGAUAGAACAGCUGUCUGUCAGAGAGGAGCUACGAAAGGAACUUGCACAAGUCCACAUGGAGAAGUUCAGUGCCAUGGCAGCAGAGCUCAGCCAUGCUCAUCAGGCAGAGUUAUCUGCUCAGAAAGAGGCCUUAGAUGCUGAACACUGCAAGGCUCUUGAGACCCUUAAGAAACAGGUUCUGGAGUUGGAGCAACAACAUAGCAUGGCCUUUCAGGAGCUCUCACAUACAUACACAAUGGAGAAAGAACAGCUCAUUGAACAACACCAGCUCCAAAUGCAGGAGUUGAAAAGCAUCUCUGCACGUGAGCUUGAGGCAUGUCGAAGGGAGUGUGAAGAGGAGUCGUCAAGGCAACGUCUUCAUUUCCUUGAAGAGGUGGAGUUGCUUAAGGUCCAAUCAGAGGAAAGACUACAGGACAGGAUCAACCAACUCAAGGCAGAGUUCGAAGACCAGAAGGAGGCAGAGCUUGAGGUGCUGAGGCGGAGUUUUACUUCCGAGCGGGAGCUGAAGGAGUGCAGCUACACAGAGAAGAUGAGCCAGCUCACUGCCCAGCUGCAGCAGCUAGACGCUGUGGUGGCCCAGCUGCGAGCUGAGGUGGGCUGCUUGCAGGGGGAGCUGGAGGGAAAGCGUGCGGAGAUGGAAACGUUGGACACCCUCCUCCAGCGAAGAGAGAGAGAGAGCCAGGAGGGAGGCAACCUUCUCAAGAUGCUCACCGAGGACCUGCAGACUGCUAAACAGGAGAGACUUGAGCUACACCAAGCCAAUGAGAAGCUGAGAAAGGUGUUGCUUGAGGUGAUCCAUAGCACCGUCACAACUGAGGAGCUUAUUGGUCAAGGGAUAAAUGUUAGAGCCAAGAUAUCUGAACAGGCAACUAAUCAGAACAGCUCAUCAGUGAACAGAGACACACUAGAGUCAGGUGUAUCGUUUGGAUAUGUGUCGACAGACCUGGAGCCCUCCCAGCUCCUUUCUGAGAGCCUGGUGAUGUCAAACACACACAUCCAUCCUGUGGAAGAGGAAACAGCCCUGAGUGCCUGUAGCAGACUACGUCACACUGUACACAUACUCCUGGAGCUGCUCAACCAGGCUAAUGCACAGCUGGAGCAGACUCAUGGUGUUCACCUCUCUCUGGAGGAGCGCUUCUCUCAGGGCAGGGAAGACUCCGCCCAGCUCCUAGUGCAGCAUAAGCUGCUUUUGGAGCAGCUUGAUCAGGAGGCAGGAAAAAAGAGCCAACUCCAGCUGGAACUGCAUAAGGCUGAGGGCCUGCUGGAGGGCUAUGCGACUGAAAAGGCAACAAUGGAGGAGGCUCUGCAGCAGAAGGAGGCACAAGAGGAGAGGCUGGUGGAGGAGCUAGAGGGCCUCAAGGUUCAUCUACACCAGAUGGAGGGCCUCCGCGCGGAGCUUGAAAGUAUCCAGUUGCAGCACCAGGUGCUCAGCGAGGAGCACACGAUACUUCUGCGCCAGAAGGACCAUCUUUCUGCUGGGUUAGGAAAGAGAGAGAAAGGUCUGCUGGCAGAGGCUGAACGUUUGGCCGGCGAAAGGCUGGACUUGCAGCGGCAGGCAGAGAAGGACCAUAGCACCCUGUCCAAGCGGCUCAGGGCUCUGGAGACAGAGAUGGAUGAACAGGAGACCAAAGGCCUGGAGAGAGAGCAGCAGCACAAGACCCACACAGACGACCUCAAUCAACAUAUCCAAGCACUUGAGAAACAGCUCAAAAACAACCGCCAAUUUAUAGACGAGCAGGCUGUGGAGCGUGAGCAUGAGAGGGACGAGUUCCAGCAAGAGAUUCGGAGACUGGAGGCCCUGCUCAGACAGACAGCUCGAGGCCAAGCUAGUGGGGAUAACAAUGGAGAGCAGAUUGAGGACUUGGUUCUGCAGGUGGAGAGUCUCCAAGCAGUUAUUAAAGACAGGACGGAGGACCACGCCUCCCUUCUUCUAGCCAAUCAGCAAGCCCAGCGUGACAUUGCUGAGCGCAAUGAGGAGAUUGACAAGCUAGCCGGGCGAAUCAGAGAGCUGGAGCAGGCGUUGCUUAGUAGCGCUGAGAGUAACAGAUCUGUCAGUCAGCUUGAACAAGAGCUCCACAGAAUGAAGCUAAGAGAACAGGAGCUCACACAAGAUAAGCAGGCACUUGAGCAGCAGCAGUUAUCUAACAGGCUUCAGAUCUCGGCCCUGCAGUCCAAGCUGGAUGAGACAAAGCAUUGUUACCACGACAACACACCUGACCCCACCCAGCAGCUUAGAGAUGCCCUUGACACUGCACAACAAAAUCUACAAACAAAAGAGCAAGAGGUGGAGGUCCUGGUUAGUGAACUGGAGCAGGUGCAAAGGGACUUGGGCAUCAAAGAGGCCGAGCUAAAACACCUGACGUUACAGCUGGAGAUGCUGACCGAUCACAAUGCAGCUCAGGUUAAUCAGCUCCAAGAAGAGAUUGCCCAACUAAAGGAGAAUGUGUCCACCCUCACCAUUUUGCAGGAAGAGCAAGAGGGAAGAAAGAAUGAGGAAGGAGGAGAGCAGAGCCUCUCAUCUGCACUGCUUGAGGAGAAAAAUCAAGAGAUAGACCACCUCAACCAGGAGAUCCAGAGGCUGGAGCAGCAGUUGGAGAACACUGGGGAUAACAGUGUAAGCGCUUUGGAGGCUGAGCUUGAGGACCUGCGCUCUCAGGUGGAACACCUGCACUGUGACAUCACGAGGCUGCGCCAGGAUAAACAGGAAGAAGAGGAGCGCCUACAUGAGGUCAUAAGCACGCUGCAAGCAGAGCUUGCCACGCUUGGGCCCACUCUACACGAAGUCAGCGAUUCCCAGGAUGGUGACAGUGUCAACCCUUCCCCUUCUCGUAGUCCCGAACCACACCACUGUCCUAUCAGAGGGGCAGGGAGGAAGGGAGCGCCGGACAGUCUGAAGCAAGAACUGCGCCUGACCCACUCCGCCUCAUCUCACUCUCUCCACGCUCGUCUUGAGGCUGUACAGAGUCAGCUGGAGACGGCAGAGGCAGAGAAAGAGGCACUAGAGCGAUUACUUCUCACCCAGGAAGAGGAGUACAGAGGGAACGGGGAAGCGUUGGGGAAGAGACUGAUAGAGGAAAGGGAAAAGGCAGAUGCACUCCAGGGUCUGCUUGUGCUGAAAGAAGCUGAGCUGACUGAGGUCAGAGCCCACGCAGAGCGGCUGGAAGAGAAGGAGGAGCAUUGGAAGGUGUUGGAAGAGGAGAGGGACUGUUGGCAAGCUCAAUUCUCUGAGAUGAACACCCUUUGCGGGGAAAAGGCCCAACUUUGCACCUUAGUCACAGAAUUGAAAAGGCAGGAGCAGGAUAGGGUGCAGGAGAUGGAAAUGCUGAAAAUAAGGGAAGAGGAGAUGAAAAGAGAAAUGGAUGUUGUCAAGGAAAACAAUCUCAUGCAUGAGAGACAAGUCCAAGAACUGAGGGCCAAGGUAGGAACUUUGGAGAAACUAGUAGCUGAAGGGAGGGCAGAGGUAAUCACUCUGGAAACCGUGAAGGGAGAGCUUUUUGCUGAACGUGAGGCGCUGAGGAAGCGAGAAGGUCAGCUCCAGGAGGAAAUAGAACGCCUAAGACUGGAAGUAGCCUCACAGAGAGCCUUUAUCCAGGAACUGAGUCUUCAGCUAAUGGAAAGCAAAGCCAAACAAGAAAAAGCAGAGAAGGAAGUGAUGACCCAUGCUGAAGUAACCCUGGCUAAAACAGAUGCCGCCUUGAGACAAAGAGAAGCUGAGCUAGCUAGGCUCAGGGCUGAGCACCAGGCCCUGAGAGGGGAGCUGGCUACUGUGAAGGAGGGGCUCAGCACCAGCACAGAAAGAGCUGAGAAAUUAUUGGAGGAAGGACAGACAAAAGACCGUGCCCUUGCUGACCUGGAGACCAAUAACCAACGUCUGAAGGCGGAGCUUCGAGGCCUACAGGAAGAUCUAGCAGUGCAGGAAGAGGAGCUAGCCUAUCAGCAAAGAGAGCUACAGAACCUGCGACAACGCUGCCAACAGCAGGACACACCUGCUCACAACCAGGGCUACACACAGAAAGAUAUUUCUCAUAGAGCAUUCACAGACAGUUUGUGUGUUUCUCGCGACGAAGCCUCCUUGAGCUCCCCAGAGGUUUUUAGGAGACUGGAAUGUUCUGAGGACAGGAUCCAAGAAGGGCUCCAAACCUCACUUCUCCAGGGCUCUCGACUGUCUGAGCUGAGUGUCUCUAACAGCCCUGGUCUGGAUCUGCCCCAAACCAAGACCUUUCCCAGAGUUGGGAUGGAGCCCCCACACUCCAGGACCAUCACACCGGAAUCAGCCAGUCAGAGCACCCACUCUCAAGGCUCCGUGUCGGUCUCUGACAACAUCUCUAUGCUAGACUCAGACACUGACAAAGUGCGUGAUUUGGAAUCUCUAGACAUUUCAGUCCCACCGUCUCCUUUGGGUUCCACCUCCUCAUUGUCAGCACCAGAAUGGGCGAGCGAUGGAUAUGGCAGCAAUGUGAGCUCAGAGGUGGGGAUGAGGCUGAGAGUGGAGCUGGAGCAGACAGAGAGGUUGGAUGCUCAGUUUGUUGAAUAUCUCCACCGCCGUGGCAUGAACCCCACAGUCAACACAGACAGUGCUGCUGGCAGUAUGAGCUACAGUGAUGACCUACUGUCGCCGGAAUUACAUAUGCUUUUGAAGAAAGUGUAUCAGGAAAGCUGCAGAAUUCUCACUCUGUCUCAGCGCCGUGCCACUUCCUCGUCCCAGUACCAACUUUCGGACACAAAACUCCUCUCAUUGGAUCAGACAUUGCAUUACUCAAAUGGCAGAGACAGCCCACUGGAUCUGAUGGACAAAUCCCCCUCCACUCCCCCAAUGAGCUGGCAGCAGGAGAAGAGGGCACUACAGGAGACUGUGAUUGCUCUCAGAGAACUUCUCUGUCGAAUGGCACAGAGAGACACAAGGACUGACUGUAGAGAUGAUGGCAGUAUGCAUACAGCACAGGCACAGACUGAUGGACAGGUGGAAGUCCAACUGAGAGCAGAGCUGGAAGAGAACCGGACACAGCUAAACGCUGCCCACAACACUCAGCAAGAACAUAAAAAUAAAAUACAGUCCCUGAGUUUGGCUGUUAAGGAAGGAGAGGAGACUUUGAUGAAGGAGCAGGCCAAAACCCAGGAGCUCCAGCAACAGCUGGAGCAGGAGAGAAUUCUGACCCUCCGCAGGGAGAAAGAGGAGGAAGAGAAGCUAGAGGCUCUUCGAGGGUCUUUGGAGCAGCGGGGGUCAGAGAUUGUGGCUUUGAAGGGUCAGCUGGAACAGGAGAGGGUGGCCUGCAGCAACCUCAGACGUGAGCUCCAGAUAGAGCAGUCUCGUAGCAUGCUGUUAGAAAAACGACUUGACGAGGCCCUUGAAAACGAAUGCCAGCGUUCAACCCGCCAACAAGAUCUCCACUUGCAGGAGAGGAGCCACUUGGAGCGCCUCCUGAGUGAGGCAGAGUCUCGCUUAGCCAACACCCACUCUCAGCUUGCUGAGGCACAUAGGAAGCUGGAGGAAGAGAGGGAACAACUCUCCAGCCAACUUAAUGAGCUCAGCCGCAGACAGGAAGCUGAUGCAGCCAGAGACAGGAAGUUCAUCUCUGACAUGCGCUCCCAGCUGGAGCAGGAGCGAAGGCAAGGGGAGGACCUAGCGGCCAUGACUGACAGGCUGAGGGCCGAGCUACUGCAGAGCCAAAGAAGAGGAGAGGAGGAGGACAGGAGGAGGGGGGAGGAGUCGCAACGGGAACAGGAGGCCACAGCCUGUCUUCGAGUUACUGUGGAGACCAUGAAGGAGCAGAAACAGGAAGCCAGCUGUGCUUUGGAGGCAGAACGAGACCGUUUCAGACGCCAAGGGGCAGAGCUUGCAGCGCUAAACGAAAGGCUGCAACUGCUGAAGGACAAAGGGAGGGAGAGGGAAGAGCAGUGGGAGAGAGAGAGGAGGAAGGAGAUGCAGGAGCAGAUGGAAAGGGAGAGACGACAGGAAAGGACCAAUAACAAAAUGUGUGAGUUGGAGUUAUUGAGGCAACAAGAUCAGCAGCGCUUGCGGGAGCUGCAGCAGACUCUGGCCGAGCUGCAGAGAGAGGGGAGGAAGAUGGUCUCUCAGAGAUUGUCUGGGCCAACCGCAGCACAUCAACUUCAGGCCACCCAGCUCAACAGCACACCACACAACCAGCAGUCCUUGUCUCCUUCCUCGAGGGGGCUUGCGGAGAGGUUGCUGAAGGAGAACUCUGAGCUGACAGAGCGCGUGACAAGACUAAGUCAGGAGAGGGUCAACUUAAAACAUACACUCACCUGCCUGGAGCGACAGCUGCGUAAUUCUGAAAAUGAGCUUGCCAAGGUCACUACGGAAACUGAGAACAGGCCCAUCAAUGAUGCAACCAUCAACCAUGGCAAGUUGCAGCGCUUAUAUGGGCGCUACCUGCGUGCUGAGAGCUUCCGGAAAUCUCUGGUGUACCAGAAGCGUUACUUGCUGCUGCUGUUAGGAGGGUUCCAGGAAUGUGAGCAAGCAACACUGUGUCUAAUUGCCCACAUGGGGGCACGCCCCUCACCCUCACUCACCUCCCAGCACAGACCUCUGACACGGUUCAGAGCUGCUGUAAGAGCAGUUAUUGCCAUAUCACGAAUGAGGUUCCUGAACAGGAAAUGGCAGAAAGCCAUAAAGAAGCUCUCGGCAUCUGGGACUGUUAAUGGGCAUGCAUCAGGUUUUAGAAUGGAGGUCUUGAGGCAGCAGCAACCACGAAUAAAUUCUGAGUCUUCGUCUCCAACUAAAGAUGGUAUGGUGCAGACCCUUGUUCCACCAAUCAAAUCACCCUUCAGACUGCACAACAGGUCAAUGUCCAGCUCCCCUACAGCCUCUGGGCAUGGAGGGGGAACACCACAGGACCCAGAGCAAUCCCUGAUGGAAUAUAUCCACCAUCUAGAGAAAGUCCAGCAACGGCUUGUAGGAACUAAGUCAGGUUCGUUUUGUGCAAGCCCACUCAAAGAUGACUGACCACUGAAAGAAUGAAUGUCCCCUUCCAGCUUACUGUACCCAAAGUUGCCAUGCUUUGCAUCUAUGUGUAAUAGUGUGCAAGGGAAUAUCACAAACUAAUGUUGCAUUUUUGGUAAUGUCUGUGAUUUUUACAAGUGCAUAAAUUAUUUUCACGAUUUUUUUUUUCUAUUCCAUGUGCCUCAGCAUUGUAAAGGUUACUCCUAGAACGUCCAAUACCUUUUUAAUUAGCACUGCUUGCUAUUUUUCUACGCAAAUUUUAUACAUGUUUGUUAUUUACAUACAUCUGCUGGUGGCAGUGAUGUUAAUUGUAUAUGUGAAUAAACUUUAAAUUGUUUUGCACUGGAAUUCCAAGAUCAGUAUAUCUGAUGUGAACAUGUCUUCAUUUUUUUGUAUUAAUAUUUCUA